GAUCCCUCUGUCUACUUCAAACUAAGUCUUUUUAAUUCAAGUAUUUGUGGAACUAAAAAAGCAGUAAGCCCCAAUAUAUACAUGCUGCCAUUCGGGCUCAACAAAUCCACUCAAGACAUAGUACUUUUGAUUUUCACUUCCGCAAACAAUAGUGUGUGUGUAUAUAUAUAUAAGUAGUCUGGUUUUGCAAAUGAGUAGCCUCUCAAGAGACCUGAAUGCAUCCCCUUUAGAGCCUGAAAAUUUUAGGGUAGAGUCCAAAAGAGUGAUUGACUUCAUAGCAGAUUACUACAAAAACAUUGAAACAUACCCAGUUCAGAGCAGAGUGAAGCCUGGAUAUUUAGCAGGCAGGUUGCCAAGCUCGGCUCCAUUUUCCCCAGAAUCCUUGGAAACCAUUCUCCAGGACAUAGCCGAGAACAUUUCACCAGGUCUUACUCAUUGGCAGAGCCCUAACUUCUUUGGUUACUUCCAAGCCAACGCAAGCACCGCUGGCUUCCAUGGCGAAAUGCUUUGUUCAGGCCUCAAUGUGGUUGGUUUCAACUGGAUUUCUUCCCCUGCCGCCACUGAACUUGAAUCACUUGUCAUGGAUUGGAUGGGAAACAUGCUCAAACUACCAUCUUCCUUCUUGUUUUCUGGGUCUGGUGGUGGAGUCUUACAUGGAAGUACCUGUGAGGCAGUUGUUUGUACUUUGGCUGCCGCAAGAGACAAAACCCUAAACCAACUUGGUGGUAAUUACCAAAACAUUACAAAGUUUGUGGUUUAUGCUUCUGAUCAGACGCAUUUUACCCUUCAAAAGGCUGCCAAGUUGAUAGGAAUUCCUCCAUCCAACUUUAGAUCUCUCACCACCUCAUUUCCCUCAGGCUUUUCACUCUCGCCAGAGAAACUACAAUCUGCCAUUAAAGAUGACAUCAAAUCUGGAUAUGUGCCAUUGUAUGUAUGUGCAACAGUUGGAACCACAGCAGCUGGUGCAGUAGAUCCUAUUCUGGAGUUGGGAAAGGUUGCUCAAGAGUACAACUUAUGGUUCCACAUUGAUGCAGCUUAUGCAGGGAGUGCGUGCAUAUGCACUGAAUUCCGCCAUUACUUGAAUGGAGUGGAGCUUGCUGAUUCAAUAAGUACGAACCCACAUAAAUGGCUCCUCACCAAUAUGGAAUGUAGUUGCUUGUGGGUUAAGUCACCUUCAUCAUUGGUGGAUUCAUUAUCCACCAAAUCUGAAAUUAUGAGAAAUGCUGCUACUGAUUCCAAUCAAGUAAUUGACUACAAAGAUUGGCAGAUUGCACUGAGCAGACGAUUUAGAGCUUUGAAACUGUGGAUUGUCAUCCGUAGGCAUGGUCUGUCUGGUCUCACAUCCCACAUUCACAAGGAUAUAAAGAUGGCAGAGCUUUUCGAGAGUCUAGUUGCAAAAGACAAGAGAUUUGAGAUAGUGGUGCCGAGAAAGUUUGCAUUGGUUUGCUUUAGGUUUAAGCCAGAGAAGGAGAACCAGGAUUUAUCAGAACUGAAUAGUAAGCUGUUAAAUGCUGUGAAUUCGAGUGGGUGUGCAUUUAUGACUCAUGCAGUGCUGGAGGGUGUUUACACCAUACGCUGUGCGAUUGGAACAACGCUUACCGAAGAACAUCAUGUGGUUAAUCUUUGGAAGCUUAUUCAGGAAAAGGCUCAAUCCCUGAUUAUAAAUGAAUACUAAACCACCAGCACAGUAGUCUAUAGUCAAACUCCUAGCGCUCCACAUAAAGAGGAAUUUGAUGACCAAAUCUUGAGCAAGGAUGGGAAUGGGAGACAAAUGAUUAGCUAGCAUGGUUGAGGAGAUACUUUUUACUGCAAAUAUGCAGUCAUUUUUGGCAGACAGACCAGUAAUAGUAGAGAUCUUCAAGCUUUUUGUCAAGGAUUGAAUCAUAUUGUCUGUUAGUAGUUAUCUUUUGGUGUUAGUUUUUUUUGUCUUUUCCUGAAAGAUAGCCACUAUGGAAUACUUUUACUGCAAAUUUGCAGUCAUUUUUGGUAGAUAGACCAGUAAUAGUAGAGAUCGUUAAGCUUUUUGUCAAGGAUUGAAUCAUAUUGUCUGUUAGUAGUUAUCUUUUUGUGUUAGCUAUUUUUGCCUUUUCCUGAAAGAUAGCCACUGGACUAUGGAAUAUAUCCAGCAUCAUAUCUGCUUUGCAGCAUUUCUAAGUACUGCCUACAGUAGUUAGUUAUCCUGCUUUAUCUUUAGCAUAAAACCUAGUAGGAUGUAAGGGAAUGUUAUGUGAAGAUUCAUUGUCUUCCAUAACUAUCACUCUUCUGUGUCUCCCCAGCCCUCUUCCUUUCUCUGCCUCCAUUCUAACCUACUUCCUAUGCAAACCUUGUAUUCCUUCCUAAACAAGUCAGGGAAUCAUUCACCAACCUGCGCUCUUUAAUUAAUAUUGUUACUAAUGCAAUUUCUGGUUGAUAGUUCCAGUUAUGGAGUUGUCAGAAUGGUGGCGCAGUGCAAAACACUAAAUAUAUAUAUACUUAAAAAUUUAGUUUUUGGAGUAACAGCCUGUCUUAUUGGAAGCGGAAUCAGAUGCUAGAGAAUAUAAUUCUGUGGUAAAAAUCAAAUAUUUUUAAGGAUUAAACUGGUACAAGAUAAGGUGUUAAACACCUGCUCUAUAGCAUAGACAAAGUGACCGACGAGUUUCAUAUGCAUUCCUAUGAGCUAGCUAUUAUGCCAUGUGUAAUUGUUACACUCACGCACAACUAAAAUUUAUCAAUUUAUAUAUAUACAAGUCAUAUGGU